AUGUCGCUAGAAACGCUAAUUGACGCGUUUACGCAGUCGCAAAAGACUUUAUCAAAUCACAAUAAAAAUCAUAUAAACUUACGCAAAUAUCACAAACAAAUUCUCGAAUCUGAGGAUGAAAAAGCAUAUACAACAUUUGUAAAGGCGUUUAUUGGUUCAAUUACGCGCACAUUCGAAUAUCCAAAGUCUAAGGCUUACGCUGAUAGAGUCAUAGCAUUCGCUACUACAUAUCUUAGUUAUUCAAACGCCAAAGAUACAGAGGAAGCUGGUCAAGAGCUAGAGGAGUCACCAGCGAUGAUGCUCACCUCAGAUAUCCUAAGACAUAUCCUUAAAGGGUUUAAUGCAAAGGAUAAAUACGUUAGAUUCCGAUGCGUUCAAGUUUCAAACCUCAUUAUAUCAGUUUUGGGCGCAAUGGAUGAGGACUUAUUUGACGCGCUUUUAGACGCAACAUUAGAAAGAAUGAACGAUAAGGAAACUAAUAUACGCCAGCAAGCCACACUAGCACUCUGUAAACUACAAGCAUCAGACGAUGAUCGCGGCUCUAUCGCUAAAUCAUUAAAAGCCGCAAUUACCACCGAUCCCACAGCUGCAGUAAGGAAGACGGCUGUCAUGAAUGUCUUCCCUACUCAAGACACUGUACCUGCACUACUCACACGCGCUAGAGACGUCGAUCCAGCAACACGUAAGGCAGUCUUCGAAGGAUCAAAACUUAGUGAGGCGUUGAAGGACGUAAGAUCUAUCAGGCUCAGUCCACGUGAAAACCUCAUCAGAACUGGCUUAGGUGAUCGUGAUCCAACCGUCAUGAAAGCAUGUGUUAAUUUGUUGUCUGCUUGGAUAGAUAGAGCUGAUAAGAAUAUACAAGUUUUCCUUGAAUAUUUCGAUGUCAUUGAUUCUAAGGUAGCAGAAGAUGCUCUUCUGUCCAUCUUUAACAGCAGGUUGGAUAUAUUUCAUUCUGUACAAUUUGAUGACGCAAUGUGGACAAAGUUGACGCCAGAACAGGCUCUUCUUGCACGUGUAUACGUCGAUCACUGCGUAGCGACGGAGGACUACCAAAAAUUGGAAAAUCUUCCAGUAGUCACAGCAAUGGCAUUCCACAUACAACAUGCUUACAAUCAAGUUGUAACUCUAGCUCAAAACUACGAUGAUUCUGACGAAUACACCGAUAACAUGGUCAAUUCUAACUAUAUUUUGGGAGAACUACUCAAAUUGGCAAUCAAUCUCGAUUAUGGUGAUGAAAUUGGUAGAAGAAAGAUCUUUGGUUUGGUUAGAGAUUUCCUGUCUUCACCAUCACUUCCGGAACCGCUCAUUCCAAUAGCGCUCGACAUCCUUUACAAGUUGUCAUCAUCCGAACGUGACUUUUUGUUACUUACAGUUGAAUUGAUAUCAGAACUACGUGAUCUCCGCGUCCCAGAGGAAGAAGAGGAUGAUGAUAUUGGUGAUGGAGGAUCAACGGUAAUGAUGACACCAGCAAAGCCAAAACAAACAGCAGCCAAGGUCUUGAGUGAAGCGGAAAUAGCCCACAAUGCCGAACUCGAUUUGAGGUCUCUCGCAGUCGUUAUUGGUAUGCUUGAAAGAGUUAAUACAACGUUGGUUGAGAACAGCGCCCUCGGUGGUAUUCUACCAGAUUUGGUAAUACCUUCUGUCAAAUCGAAAGAGGCUAUGAUUCGUGAGAGAGGCUUGCACGCCCUUGGUCUUAUUUGUUUGCUUGCUGAUACCCUCGCCAUUGGUAGUUUCCAGAUGUUCAUGAACCAAGCUGAAACGGCUCCUGAACCACUCAAUAUCCAAUCAUUAAAGGUGGUAAUUGACUUGUUGAUGACGCAUGAUGUGUCUCAUUUCGCAGAGAAAGGUGGUCUAGGACUCGAAUAUAUCUGUCACUUCCUUUUACGUUCACUCGAUGGACAUUCGCCGGAAUACCAAGCUGUCUCUUGCGAAGGUGUCUCUAAGCUGAUGUUAUCUGGUAUGAUAAAUGAUGCCAGUCUCCUCCGUGGACUACUUUAUGUAUAUUUCAGUCCGGAAGUAGCUGACAAUCAACCAUUGCGACAAUGCUUAUCGUACUUCUUCCCGGUAUUCGCAUUUAGCUCUAAGCGCAACCAAGCUCGUCUUGCAGAGAUAGCAUUGAUAGCAAUCAGCGAUCAUUGGGAUAGAGACUCAGAUGAACAAUCAGCGGUAACAGUCUCCCAAGUCGCAACACUCUUGUCCGAAUGGACAGAUCCGCUCAACUUGGUUAACCCAGAUAACGACGAGCUGCUUCAAUCUCGACUAGCACUCGACACCCUUAAGGAACUCUUCAAGGUCGACAUCAAAGAGGAUCGCAAAGUUUUAGUCCAAUUCCUCCAGAAAUUGAACAUAUCAGCAAACACACCAAUCAAGGAAAUCUGGUUGAUGAUCAAGCUUGUUGAUGAAUUGCAGAAUGAAAAACCAUUAGCUGAUGCACUCUCCCGCAAUGCUCUUGUGAGGUUUAACACAGGACUAUACAAAAAAUUCAAAGAGCUUUCUGAAGUUGACGGCGAAAAUCUUGAUUAUCAGGAGAGUCUUGAUGACGUUUAUAAAGAUGUAGGGAUUAACCAAGAUGAAGAUGCUACGCCCGUCAAGAAGAUACCAAAGACAGCGCCAACCCCACGAGCAGCCAGUAAAUACGGAGACAGGUAUGCAGUCGGUUAUAAGAAGCAAGAGAAGCAGCCUACGAAGCGGAAAGUCAGUAAUAAUGGUAAUAAUAGUAGUAGAAUCAAACAAAAGAAGAAGGAAUAUAGUAGUAGCGAAGAAGAAGCUGCACCGAGCGAUGUCGACAGUGACAGCACGGAAGGCAACAAAGGUAGCCCUAUUGCCAAACCGAAACUGUCACGACAACAACCAUUGAGGAGAAAAAGAUCAAGUCGAGAAAUCGCUAUCAGCGAAGAGGAUGAAGCUGCCGAUGACUCAGAGGAUGAAGUCGCCAGUGUAUUGUAACAAUAUCAAAAUUUUCAGAAUUUCUUCAAUGUAAUAUGAUUAGCAAACAUAAAGAUUAAACGUAA